AUGAAAGCGCAAUUUGACAAAAGGCAUGGUGCAAAGCCAAAGUUUUACGAAAAACAAGAGCUCGUUUAUGUCAAUAUAUUUAAAAACAAACACUUUGAAUGGACAAAAGGAAAAAUAAUCGAACGCAUAGGUAACGUCAUUUAUAAUGUUCGCUUACAAAAUGGCAAACUUAUUCGUGCACAUGCCAACCAAAUUCGUGACCGAAAAGAUCAAGAAAAUGAGUUAUCUUUAGAAAUAUGUACUUCCGAAGAUAUCGCCAACGAAAAGUGUUUAGUUGAUGCAUUUGUCCUCUACGAAACAACACCUAAAGAUGUGGUCGAAAUAACUAACAACAACAUGGUUUCGACUCCAGAUCAAUCUUUCAACGAAGUUACCGAGAUUGCAAUCCCUCAAACUGAGAAGCACAAUGAGGCAGUUGUUCCGUAUACCCGACCAAGGCGUACUAGACAUCCUAUUGACCGUUAUAGACCCUAG